CUAUAAUCUUUGUACAGAUUUUUAUUAUAAGAUAGAUAGACUGUCAAUGCUUCUUUUCAUCAUACUGAGAACUUCCUAUUUUUACUUGUCUCUAGGUCAGGUUCACUAUUAGCUUUCUUGAGGAACUCUUUAGGAAAUGAAGUAAAGGCGACUAUUUAAUCAAAAUACAAAGUGAAUGUUUUCUUUAUGGUCUUAAGCAUAGCUUUGAAGAUAAAAUCUCUGAGAAUAGGUCACAUUAUAUUGACAAUCAAGUCAUAAUCCAAUAGAUACUCCUUUUUGCCUUUUAAGACCAAGUCUUGUAAAUAGCAAAAGUGAGAUUUUAUUUAUUUGAUAUCUCCUAACCUUCUAAAAUAUCUAGAAGUUAACUGCAAAGUCUUCAAAAUGCUCACGAAAUGGCAGCACAGAAUUUUCUGAUGGCUCUCAGUUUUUAAAUUUCAAUUCCUCCUGCUCUUUUACACUUUCCUCUUUGCUCUGAUUGUCUUAACUUAUUUGUGAGAGAUUUACAAGCUCCUGAUCUCCUCAGAAGAAUUCUUUCUGAAUUGCUUUAGGUUCGAAACAAAUGUUUCGCUUGUUUACUUAUUGGGCUUCUCUUUGGAAAGACUUCUAUUUAUGAUUCUCUUGAGACUGGCUUAUUUCUUCCUUUAAGAAUUCAAGUUGUGUUGCUCUUGUUCUUUUGGCUCUUCAUAUACUCCAUCUUCUAAUCAGGUUGAUUGGCUUAGUCAUGGUUAGGUUUGCUAUUAUUUAGCUUGACCUAAUCAGUAUACUCUAGAUCUGAAAAUUUAGGAACUUGUUUAUGGCCAAUAGAAACAUCGUGUUGAUUUAUCCUCCUCUUCAACUCUUGAUUUGAGAGGACUUGUUUGUGUUGAGACUCUUCAGGCUUGUUCUGAUAAAUCUGAAGAUUUUUAUUUCCGGCUUCUGGACUAACUUCUUUAAAAUUGUGGCAAGAGACUCUCCUAAUUUUGACAGAUUAUAAAUAUUAGCUUAUUGCUUUCCAAUGGAAUGCACUAUUCAUAUACAGAAGACUUUUAACUUUUCUGACAAAUGAUUCUCUUGUUCAGUACUUAUUUUUUAUUUCUUGAAUAAUUAUAAGCUUGUUCUCUCUUCUUUUUUUAAAGAAUCCUUUAUAAAUAUCACUAUCCAAAGGAUUUCUAAACUCCAUUGGCUAUAUCUCAGGAAUCUUUUUCUUAUUAUAGAAUGGAUACCCAUUAUCAUUGCUUUCAACUUCAAUUUUCUUGUUGUUUUCCCUAAAUUUAUAACUUACCUGAUUCCUAUACUCUUCCAAAUAGCUCUGUUUAUUUGUCUGUUUCAAAACUUUCUUCUACUGGAGCACUUUUUGGUUGGCUUCCUUCUGUUGUGCUGCUCUUGCUUUAGCUGUAAAACUAAUCAAUCAAACUUCUUAAGCACCUUUUCUGCUAAGCCUGAUUACUGAGUUAAAGCAUUUUAAUGGCUUCAUCUGAUCUUGCAAAUAAAAAGUCAUAUCAUUAACAUUGUUUGGGAAUGAGAAAUUCACAAACCUUAUAGCAUGCUUAUUUAAGGGAUUAAAGCCAUGCAGCACGAAUGAGUUGAUAUCAAAGAACUUUAAAUAUCUUAAUUUUUGUAAAAAUGUUGAAUCCUCUCCCUUACGAAAAUAGCAAAUAAAUCUACCAAAGUUAAAACUUUCUCCAGAGUUUAGAUCCAGUGGCUUUUCAUAAAUUAUCUCUGCAAAGAUAUUAUAAUAAACGCUGCAGCAACGCUUAUAAUCUCGCUUCUUUUCUUUUGAAAAUAUAGAUCUCUCUAUACUACACCACUAAAAUCUAUCAAUCAUGACUAAAACACUAUCAGAAUUUAUCGGCCCAUCCUAGAGUUCCCUAUUUCCUCCUUUUCAGUGCAUAAAACCAGCCCCAAACUCCCCUACCCAUCCCAAUGCCCAGCACUCCAAGUGACCCCUUCCCCCACUCACGCUUGGUUCCUUCUUCUUCUUUUCCUAUCCCAGUCAGCUGGUUUUCCAUUUUUC